CGAGGGAUUUGCUUCCCUCUUGUUAAAACCUGUGUGUUUGGGAGUGAGCUGAAAGCUGGAGCACAGGAAGAACCUUCUGCAUCUUCCCGAGCAGAGCCGCCAGAACCAUCCUUCACCAGACAGACUGUCAAGCUGCUGGCCUGUGUCAUCGGACUGCAGGCUUCCUACCUCACCUGGGGGGUCGUCCAGGAACGAGUGAUGACCAAGACCUAUGGGAAGACAGAGACUGAUCCCGGGGUGAAGUUCCGUGACUCGCAGUUCCUGGUUUUUAUGAAUCGGAUCCUGGCUGUCCUGGUUGCUGGUUUAUGCUGUGCCCUCAGCAAGCAGCCCCGCCACGGAGCUCCCAUGUACAAAUACUCCUUCGCUUCCAUCUCCAACAUUCUCAGCAGCUGGUGCCAGUAUGAAGCCUUGAAGUACAUCAGCUUUCCUACCCAGGUGCUGGCGAAAGCGUCCAAGGUUAUUCCCGUCAUGUUGAUGGGUAAGAUUGUGUCACGUAAGAGUUACGAAUACUGGGAGUACCUAACAGCCAUUCUCAUUUCUGCUGGGGUCAGUAUGUUCCUGCUUUCAAACUCUCAGAACAAGCAUCCAUCCACCGUCACCACCUUCUCAGGCAUCGUGAUCCUCGCAGGUUAUAUCCUCUUCGAUAGCUUCACCUCCAAUUGGCAAGACGCUCUCUUCAGGUACAAGAUGUCCUCAAUCCAGAUGAUGUUCGGUGUAAAUCUCUUCUCCUGCCUGUUCACUGUCGGCUCUCUCCUGGAGCAGGGAGCCUUUUUCCAGAAUCUAACCUUUAUGAUACAGCACCCAGAGUUUGCAGCUCAUGCUGGGUUGCUCUCGAUCUGCUCUGCUUGUGGGCAGCUGUUCAUCUUUUACACCAUCAGCCAGUUUGGGGCUGCUGUCUUCACCAUCAUUAUGACUCUACGGCAAGCCUUUGCCAUCUUGCUGUCCUGCCUCAUCUACGGUCACUCGGUCACGGUGGUGGGUGCUCUGGGACUAGCCACGGUCUUUCUCUCACUCUUCCUGCGGGUCUACGCCAGGAGCCGGAUGAAGAGUAAGAAAAGGGCAGCCCAGUCCCAGGCGCCAGUGCAGAAGGUGUGAGGCAGAACCCCUCAGCUGGCGGCUUUUAUACAGACAGUCGGACGGUGUGUCAGGGAGCGCAUUUUUAUAAAUAAAAAGGUGAUUUGAAGUGAGGACAUUGCAAUGGAGGCGCUCCGUUGGAAUUCUGAAUACGACCGUCCUGGCUCACCAUUGUGAAGAGUGACCGGGAUCCGAGCUGUGUUCAUGUUCCACUCACCACCCUCCACUGUCAGCCAGAACCCCCCCCCCCCCCCCAGCCCUGACCGAGAACCCCCCCCCAGCCCUGACUGAGACCACCCCCACCCUCACAGUGACCGAGACUCCCCACACCGUGCUAACUGAGAUCCCUCCCCACCCAGUCCAUUGUUAGUCAUUUGCCACCCUGUGGGCCCCCCCACCCUUUAACACCAUGAAUUUCCUGCUCCCUAAUUUACAUCUCUCUGUGACUCCAUCACUUUCGUUGGAAGCAAAUUUCCUGGAGUUUGUGGAGAGGAUUCAUUUUCAGCUCCCUCCUGCAUGGGUGCCUCUGGUUUGAAGUGGGACAGGAAUCUGCAUAAUGACUCUCUCAGCAUCCUUCAAAUUUUGAUACGCCUCAAUCAAAUCCGACCUUUUCUCUUUCCCCAAAAUUAUCUGAUCAAAAUAUUGGUCUAACUCUUGCAGCCCUGGCAACAUUAAAAAAAACCCACAUUUUCUGAAGUCAGUCAAUAUUCCCGAAGGUAUGGUACCCCGAACUGUAAGCACUGCUCCAAAUGGGCACAAACUAGUACUUUGUAUUGCUUAGAUCCUCUUGUUUAUAUUUCCAGACUUCUGGUUCGAAUGCUAACAUCCUCCUCGUCUUGUUAAUUUUUUAAAUAUACUUGACGACAUCUCAGUGAUCUGUAUAUGUGGGUGUCUAAGUCUGUUCAGACAUCCACCGCUCUAGUUAUUGGAGUGUUACUGUCCUGGAUAUGAGGAGGAUGAGUAUACUGACGGUUUGACUUUUGGUUGGGUGUAUACAGAGCAGGACAGAUACUGAGUGUUCUGCUGUGUAUACACAGAGUAGACAGAUACUGAGUGUUCUGUUGUGUAUACACAGAGUAGACAGAUACUGACUGUUCUGUUGUGUAUACACAGAGUAGACAGAUACUGACUGUUCUGUUGUGUAUACACAGAGGGACAGAUACUAGGUGUUCUGUUGUGUACAGUGAAGAAUGAGUUGGAAUCAUUGUUCAAUAAAAUAUUAUGAAAUGUUUUA